CGGCGGCGCAGUGCGCAGGCGCGGCCGGCGAGUUUCCCGGACUACGGUCGGCGCGGCCGCGCCGCUCGUGGGCUGUCGCCGGCUGGGCAGCCGCCCGGCGUCAUGGCAGGCUGCGCGGCGCGGGCUCCGCCGGGCUCCGAGGCGCGCCUCAGCCUCGCCACCUUCCUCCUGGGCGCCUCGGUGCUCGCGCUGCCGCUGCUCACACGUGCCGGCCUGCAGGGCCGCACCGGGCUGGCGCUCUACGUGGCGGGGCUCAACGCGCUGCUGCUGCUGCUCUACCGGCCUCCGCGCUACCAGAUAGCCAUCCGAGCCUGCUUCCUUGGCUUUGUGUUUGGCUGUGGAGUACUGCUAAGUUUUAGCCAGUCUUCUUGGAAUCACUUUGGCUGGUAUGUGUGCUCGCUGUCAUUAUUCCACUAUUCUGAAUACUUAGUGACAGCUGUCAAUAAUCCCAAAAGCCUGUCUUUGGACUCAUUUCUCCUGAAUCACAGCCUGGAAUACACAGUGGCUGCGCUUUCUUCUUGGAUAGAGUUCACACUUGAAAAUAUCUUUUGGCCAGAACUGAAGCAGAUCACCUGGCUCAGUGCCACGGGGCUGCUGAUGGUUGUCUUUGGAGAGUGCCUGCGGAAGGCGGCCAUGUUCACCGCAGGCUCCAACUUCAACCACGUGGUGCAGAAUGAAAAGUCAGACACCCACACUCUGGUGACCAGCGGGGUGUACGCUUGGUUCCGGCACCCUUCCUAUGUCGGGUGGUUUUACUGGAGUAUCGGAACUCAGGUGAUGCUGUGUAACCCCGUGUGUGGUGUGGUCUACGCCCUCACCGUGUGGCGCUUCUUCCGAGACCGGACCGAGGAAGAGGAGAUCUCGCUCAUUCACUUCUUUGGGGAGGAGUACCUGGAGUACAAGAAGAAGGUGCCCACGGGCCUGCCCUUCAUAAAGGGCGUCAAGGUGGAGCUAUGAUGGGCGGGGCCUGGCUGGACCGGCGGCCUCGGGCCCCACACGGGCCUAGGGGAAACAGCUUCCGGUUGGCCACUGCAGAAUGAAUUUUCUUAAUCACUUUGUAUGUCAAUAAUUACUCUUCUGGAAUGUCACCCAAGACCAAAUGGUCAGAAGGCCUUAGGACCAACCAAAAGACCCAUCGAUUGGAGCAAUUAAUUCUUGUGCUGAACCAAGGUAGGACACAGAUUAACAAUGAACCAGGCACAAAUCACAGCAAUAUUCAUCCAUGCCCCUUUCACAGCGGCCUGGUGAGAGCCCAGGUCGCUCCCAGAGCCCCGGAGGCCGGAACGCGAGCCUUGUGACCGCAGCCGGAGAGAGAGGUGCUGGCCACUGCCGAGCCCGGAGCCCUGCCCGGGAAAGGGCCACCUGGCGGCGAUCAGCACUAACCAUGCACCCCAACCGCAGCAGCCCAGCUCUGCCCUCGGCCGCGUCCUUGCGUGCAUGAACAUCUUCCUUCUGAGACGCCUGUAAUCCUAGUUACACAUCGACUUCCCAUAAGCAGCCUAGGCUCAAAGGGUCUCACUUGCUAUUUUCCACUCCGGGUUUUUUUUAGGUAAGCACAGACCCCUCUGUCCGGUUGGCCCUGAGGUUUUUGUGUGACUUUGGCACCCCAGACCUGGAGUGGGGGGGACCAAGGGCCUCGGGGCUCUCCUGGGGUCUGGGCUCCUCCACUCCUGCAAUACAAGAAGUGCUUGCUGAAGGCUUUCCCACGCAGGGAAGGCCUUGCUAUGUACUGAGAAAUGCUGCUCCAUUUAUUUGGGAUUUUCAGUUUCCUCUUCCCAUAGGUCACAACUAUGGGCUUUAGUGUAAAUCUACCAUGCACUGUUUUCUGUUCUUGGGUCUCACCCUCCAGAUCCUGUUGUAAACCGGUUCUCCACCUUACCACACACAGCUGUGAAUUCAGGCAGGUUAGGGGAGUAGAGUAGGCUACCUUAACCAGGGUUCUGGCACCGUUGUUCUGCAAGUUUGCGGGGAGAAUUUGGCCUUUUAGGUCAAACCUAGAAGCUUUCGCUGUUGACACCGGUGCAGUCCUGGGCUGGACAGGGACUUGGUCUCCUGAGAUCCUUCCACGCAUUCACACUCGGUGAGCGCGAUGGUGGCCCUGGCCCUGGCACCGGCACCUGCUGAGCACCAGCACCUCUGGGCCCGGCCAUGCCCCUGCUCCGACCUCUCCACCCGCACAAGGGGCCAGUACAACCUACCUCUCGGGUGCUGUGAGGACUCGAGACAGGCCAGACGUCCUCCAGGCGCAGGCGAGGGGGCUGGCGGGAGUCUCUGUAGUUUAAGGACUACACAGAAAUGGGCUUACAUUUGUUUAACUGAAGUGUGUGUGUAUGUAUAUAUAUGUGUGUGUGUAUAUAUAUAUACAUAUGCACAUGUAUAUAUAUAUUCAAAAGAGCAUUUUAUCAGCUCAGAAAAAGUACUUACUUGUAGGUUUCAUGGCUUGAUGUUUCAUUGUUACAUAUACCAAAGAGGCUGUGGGUUUGCCCGUGUGUGCGGCUGGCUAGUUAGGGAGCGGUGUGCCCGCAGCACCUCCCGGGGCCUCGCCUCCGCGGGGACGGCAGCAGCAGCGCAGCCCCUCGAGAGGGAGCUGUGGGCUCGUGGACAGCGGGGGCCCUCGGCGUCUCCAGAGCCUCCCCGGAGAGCGGGCUCCGCUUGCCAGGGCUGCGGGCGGAGCAGGGGGUGCAUGGGUUCUGGCAGCUGCCCCAGCUCUUGGAGGCAAAGCUCUCUCACCACAUCUGAGCCGAGCGGGGCCCGGCCUCCGUUGCCCUUGGGGGCAACGAGGUUGGCUUUUUGAGGGAUGGAGAGCAGGUAGUGACGCUGGUUGGCACGAGAUGCCGCCUCCCAUCCGCCGGAGAGGAGCAAGCCGAGCAGCACGCCAGGCCCUUGGGCAGAGGAAGCAGGCCUGGCCGUGGCUCCUGCGGCCUCCCAGCCGCCCCGGGGCCCGACAGGAUCCGCUGUGCUCUAGGAAAUCAAGGCGUGGGUGCUAAGACUUAGAUCGUGCUCUCCUCCCCCAGGGAGAGAGGAGGAAUGGAGGGUGGCCAACAGGCUUGUGAGGGAAAGGCUUUUCCAGUCUCAGUAAAGACGGUGUUCUCCUUUAAGAAACCCAGCUUUGCAGUGGAGCUUCUCAGAUGGAGAGGGGUCCCGCCCAGACACAGAGCAGCCCGGAAGCAGAAGGGGCAGUGCCCAAGCCACCUAGCAGGGCUGGGAGCAGACAAUGGCCGCGUCCCUGGCCCCUCCUCCUCAGUGAGAAGGGCCUCUUGAGCCACGGGUACCCUCUGUGAGUCCUUCCCGCCUAUUCAGGGGCUGAUGUGUCAGGGAAAAGUGCUUUAACCACUGAUCUGUGUUAGCAGUCAGACUCGGGGGGUCCCAGCCACAGCUCCUGGGGUCACGUGUCCCCGCUCCUUCUCUGCACUUUCUCACUGCCUUAGGCGGUGCGACCCUCGCCGUGAUUUGCUUUCACAGUGGCCUCUUGAGUGGGACAUGCUCAGUGUGGCUCUGAAAAGCUUGACCUUUGACCUGUGCUUAGGGUUAGGGUCCCCCCCCCCCACAACCCAUCCUGAGUGGAGGCAACCUGGCCUGCCAUAAGGAGAGGGAGUUACAGAGUAAUUAUUCUACUCUUCUUUUUACAUGCAGAAAUGUUUAUUUAAGUAUAUUAAAUGGGAUUUUCUUUCACAGAUACUGAUUAUUUCCAAUUAAAUAAAGCUACUUGAUUUCA